CUUGCGAAGAGUCACUACUAAGCAGUAUGGACAGUGUCAAGCAUGUAGGUCAGGAAGUACCUUCUUCCUUCUCUGUGCAUGAUGUCUGUGUAAGUCUAUAAUUGCCACCAACAGCAACAUCUUUUUCCCUCGUCCCUGUUGCAGCCACUUCCGUGAAAAUGAUGAACCCCCUUUUACCCUAAGGACACAUGUGGAUCCAGUACGUCUUGAAUCUAGUUGUUACCUUUGUGUCCCCCGCCCCACAUUUUGUCCGCAUGCAUGGAGCAAACAAACACUUAGACCACGAUCCCUUUCUCAUUGAGUAUUUACUGUCACACAACGAAGAACAAGAACCCAACCGCAACCCCCAGGCUCAGUGUCUACUUAGCGAUGAACGCGGGUAGCAGCGUACCCGUAGUUCUAGACCCCAGAUGAUACGAAAUGACAGUCGACCAAGAAGUUGAAAGCAACGAGAUGGGAGCAGGUCGCAGGGGUCAAGGGGAGGAUGCAAGUAGCUCCAUGCACGUCGUGGAUCAGGACGACUUUUUUGCGGAGCUGGAAGAAAUGAUCUUCCAAGAAGACGAAACGGAACCAGAACCGGCAAAAAACCGUGUCCGGCGAGCAUCAGAAGAGGUGCAAGAACCUGAAAGAACCUCCCAAAGACGACAAAUGGGCCAGCGCUUCGCCACACCAGGCAACUCUAGUUCGUCCUCAGCCCGCAGAAGUGCUUACGCAGAUUUUCCACCAGGAAAGCUUGUCGAAUCGAGUGUGAAUAACUGUGCUCCUUCCGCCGGCAAGGGCAAAGCGUCUAUGAGGACUUCAUCACCAAAGAGUUCGAAAAGUCUCCAUCCGAUCGCCCCCUGCCUCGGUUCCGCGACGGGUAACAAAAGACGAAGAGAGCAUAACCAGGAACACGAGCUAUUCUUGCGUCCGGUUCCGGUUGUAGAUAUGAACACGGCUUCGUCUAGCACACACGAGCCUUUCUGGGCGACGUUCGAAAAACCGACGAAGCGACAAAAACGGGCUAGCGACAAGGUAUUUUCCCCGAAGUCUGAGUGGUAUCUACGAGAAGAACUGAGGUACACGCACAACUCGGGUAUGUUGAUUUCAUCGGCCGCGGCUGGAACGACGAGAUCUGCGGGGGAAGAGGCGACCUACAGCCAGGACGUGAACAAGACCCUGAUCCGGGAUGGUCUGUUUCACCCAUCGUUGCCAGACCUGGUCGUCGCGCGGAUCCUGGACUACGUUCCCUGGCAGAACUUGGUGCUUCGGGUGGCGCUGCUGAACAAGCGGGCGUAUGCGCUGGUGUUCACUACCGAAGAAUUGUGGUACAACGCGUACUAUCCUGUGCAAAAGUAUCGCACUCGUCCUAAUUGCAAAUAUGCAUGACAAAUGUUUUUCCCAAGGCAAAACAGCAUUACAAAUUCCACUUCCCUUUUUGGCAAAAUUUGCAAUGCAAUUUCUACUAGUACGAUAAUUUUGCAAUGCAUACGUACAAGCAGUACUUUUCCCGCAUGUUCACCCGCCAAGUGAUGGAGGGCGAUUUCAAGGGCUGGACGCAGCGCGGCGUGCAGCUUUUGUCCCGGCGCGAUGGCGUUUUUCCCUGUCUGCCGCCGCUGCGACAAGGGUACCUGCCGCAGCGGGAGGAUCUUUGUAAAAACUCGUCCUGCUGGCUGCCGGAUUGUGUGGCCGGCUUGUGGGCAGCCUCUUCGGCGACAUCUUCGGGCACACACAAUUUUAAUGCGUCGAGUCAGAAGAUAGAUCGUGCGGUGGAUCACCGGUUUCGCACAGUACAGGCGCCGCAUCAAGGCCAUGGUACCUCAGAGACCGACUUGGCACGACGAUUUACAAGUGGGAAGCGGGACGGGAAGAAUUUGGUCGGUCUUUCAUCUACUGCUGCCUCGGCUUCUCCUGCGAAGGUAGCCACCACGUCGUCAAACAGCCACCAGGAGGAAAAGAGAAACAAUGAACCACGACCCGAGCAAAAGAAGAGAACACUGCUACCCUUCUGGUUUCUCUUCUUUCGCCAUCUCUACCUCACCAAGGAAGUGGAGCGCGUGUCCAGCCAGGCCGAGGACUGGAAGGAUUUUAGCACACUGAUGCGGACGGUCGUCGCUGCCGAGGAGGGUGAAAAUCUCAGAGGAGACCACUCAGUCUCCGGCGCGGCUACGGGAAACAAGCGAGCGCCGCGUACGAUCGCAGACCUGCUGGAUGCAGAUGCUAUCAUCGAAGAUUUUCAGCAGCAGGUGGUCAAAAACCGCACGAACCGCCUGGUCAUGUGCACAAAUAAUGAAAAAACAGCGAAUGGCAAUGGUGCGACUUCUUCAGGGUCACCAGGGAGGACUACAGAGACAGUGACAUCCACCGCUCCUGCGGUCAAGGUGGAGCGGGGGCAACUAGAAGUGAAACAUGAUCGCAAAAGAAGCUUAGAGCAGGAGCUACCGGACGAGGGUAAGAGCAAAAAGACAAACUCCAUGUCGCCGUCGCCCGCUGGUGCCUCAGUUUUUCCACCCUUCGGAGACGGUGUGUACGGGCUUUCGCUUCAUGCUAAGGGAUCUUCUGCACAUCAAAUUCCGCCAGCUGUAUCAGCGGAGCCGACGGUGUCGGUUGUUCAGCCGAAGGACCUGAACGUCCCGACCUCGAGCAGUAGAGCAGGGCAGCACGCUGUGUCUGCACCCCCACCACCUCUGCAUAAGACUCGGGCGAAAGAGGUUUCGCAGUCCCGCGCGCAGAAGCUGAAACUCCACACAUUGCCAGAUGAAUUUUGGUGUCAGGCGGUGCCAUUGGACAACGUCGGCAGGGACGAUGAGGGCUCGGCGCAAGGAAAAACGGUGUCACAAACGACCAAAUCUGAGCUAGGCCCGACGAGAGUGGUCACUGUUGACCGUACAACCACGCGUCGUUGGCACGUGUGGCAGAGCUUGUGGCACGGGCCCUGGCCGCGCACCGACAAACGAAAAACGCGGAUCCUGGGGUGCGUGGAGUGCGGGUUUGUGCACCGGUGCCGCGAGAACGAGCUGUGCGAGUUCACCGUCGAGGCGGACAGCCACACGCACGUGUGCGCGGUGUCCGGGGAGGUAAAAAGUCGCCGUUUAGUCGCGGAGCGGCCGGCGAACAACGAGGACGCGUAUUACGUCGACGACGAGUAUCAAGUACCGCAGGAAAUGUUCCCCAGAAUAGCAGCCUACAACCCCAACUCGCAGCGGCACCAGCAGGAGCAGCAGCGUGGCGAGCAGCUAGGCGCGGGCCUCCGCGAAGAUGACGUGCUUGUGGUGGAAGAUGAGGAAGAGGAGGAGGCGGUCGAAUCUCGCUUGGACCGAAAGCGCGUCGCUACGAGAACGCACAUCCACGCCGGUGGUGUGCGGGAGCACCUGGUUUACUCCACGAGGCACGACAGGAACGACUUGUGCCUUCUGGAAGGCGACGACGUGGAUGAGGAAAUGAAUCUGCUGUGAAGCUGAAACUGGCAUGAAAAGUUGUGUAGGUCAACUGGGAUUUCUUGGCAGUCUUCAUACAUAACGAACGCAAAGGAAAAUCAAUCUCGUCACUUGCCGACACGACUAAGUCAAGAAAAUUCCCAGCAACAUCUUGAAGAU